CCUCUAUUUUAGUUUUCAUUUUCGAAGCUCUGUUGGCUACGCAGAAAGUGCAGUACUGCGCGAGAGAGAAACAGACGGAAAAUUAGGGUUUUUUGACAAUGGCUUUUGCUAAUCGAAUCCGAUCGAGCCUUCCUCUCGUAACCAAGAUUCUCAAAUCAGAUUCGCUCUCCGCCGCCUACGGGUCCAGUGUCCAGCGGUCUGUACUUUGCCCUACUUUCACCAAUUCUGAGUUGUCAAAGAAUUUUUCUACCGCACCUGGGAAGAAGGAAGUGAAGGUUAAGGUGCCUCUAGUGUUGUUUGGGGGUUCUGGGAACUAUGCCUCUGCUUUGUACAUUGCUGCAGUAAAAGCUAAUGCCUUGGAGAAGGUUGAGUCUGAGAUUCUUGACAUUGUUGAGUCUACGAAGAGAAGUCCUACGUUUUCUCAGUUCACAAAGGAUUUGUCAGUGCCAGCAGAUACUAGAGUGAAGGCAAUCAAUGAAAUUUCUGCUCAAGCUAAAUUUUCAGAUGUUACAAAGAACUUUUUGGUUAUCUUGUCUCAGAAUGGGAGGCUAAAGAACCUUGAAACCAUAGCAAAGAGAUUUGUGGAGUUGACCAUGGCACAUAAGGGAGAAGUGAAAGCUAUUGUUACAUCUGUCAUUCCCCUUCCCGCUGUGGAGGAGAAAGAAUUGAAGGAGACACUGCAGGAAUUAAUUGGACAGGGAAAGAAGGUCAUACUUGAGCAGAAGAUUGAUCCUAGUAUUCUGGGUGGGCUUGUGGUAGAGUUUGAUAAGAAGGUGUUUGACAUGUCCAUUAAGACUAGGGCACGCCAGAUGGAGAGGUAUUUGCGGGAACCCGCAAACUUGGACAGCCUCUAAAAGGUGUUAACAGACUGAUACUGCGGUCACCCCCAUUUUUCAUGUAUCUGUUAUUGUCAAAGUUCUAAGAAGGAAAAAAAAAGUUGUUUAAUUUUGGUGCUUGAACCCUUUCUAAAAAGAUGGAAAGCAACUUGAUCUGGAUGCCAUCUAUUUGCAAAUAAAAGCUUGUUUUCUGCAUUGUUCUGGGCAAGAGACUGGCUAGUUUCAUGUUCUUUAUCUUCCUGUUUUGUCGCGUUUUCGCCUUUGAAGUCAAAAGCUUGUUAAGUUCUGUUAUAUUGCUGCACAAAUAUUUAUAUAGAGCGCUGUUCAUUGGCUGUGUUUU